AUGCACAGCCUUUUGAUGCUCCUGCUUUGCUCAUUCUGCGUUCGGGCAGACAUUGCCAUGCAACCAGACUUCGAUCUUCAGAAGGUACUGAGCUGUAGGGAAAGGGUGCGGUCACUGCUGUGUGGAAGUUGACCCCUUUCUUUGGUUCCAGAGCUAGCCAAUUGCUCACACUUCUGCAACCAAGUGCCCUCCAGGAGUUGGUGCUGAAGGAACUCCCACCAGUCCCAGCUAGCCAGAGGCCAGUGGCAAGGGGAUGAUGGGAGCAGGAGUCCACCAAGUACCAUCUAAAUUUAUACUCGCUUUGUUCCUGGCCAUUUUCUCUGUUGUCUUUUGAUUUUAUAAUGCUGUCUGGUUGCCAAAUUUGAAAGCCUUGUCAUCACCUCAUGCACUUGCCAGAGUCAGCUUCCCUGACACAGUUGUUGGUUUAUUGCUGACCUACACUUCAGUCCAGCUCCUGAGAUUUAAUCUGGGUGUGCAUUUAUUCUCCUUUUUAUUAUGGGCUUCUUUUCCUUAGAGGGGUUCCUGUGCUCCACUCCGAGCCUUGGCACAAAUAAUGCAGGUUAAUUGAAAUGCACAGAAAUGUGGGAAAUGCCAGAUUUGGCCUCGUCUGGAUGGUGGAGUGGAGGGGUGAGACCUCUGGUCUGACUGGAAUGGUUUCCUCCAGUUUUCAGGGAUGUGGCACAUCAUGGCCGGAUCGUCAAACUGCCCUGUAUUCCAGGGCAUGAAGAGCCUCAUGACAACAUCUGCUGCUCUAGUCAAACCCCUUCCAAACGGCGACAUGAAAAUACUUACUGGCUACCCUUUGUAAGUAACUACUGCUAGUCCCUUAGCUGGCCUUAGGAGCACUUUACGUGAUUAAGAAUGGGGAAGGGAGGGCACAUUUUGCAGUGGGGGAAAUAUGCCCCUCCCAAAUACCCCCUCCCUGUGAAACCCUUUGAAAACGCUGGGGUAGGAUGAAAAUGUUCCCUCUUCAUUAGACCAAGCACUCUGGUUUCCCUUGGGGGUGUUGCCAUGUAGACUACAAUGGAUUGGUAUCCCUGAUGGCUGGAUCAUAGAGCCAGCAAGGAGAAGCACCCUCUUUCAGAACAGAUGUGCCAAAUUCUCAUCUAAAUUUGCUGGGAUGGGUUUGGACCAUUUCCCUAUAAGAAGUUAUUUAAUGCUCCACCCCCCACCCCCCGGCCACCCUAUUCCUCCUGCAAAUCAACACUGAAGUGUUAUAGUGUUCCAAUACUAAUUUAAUCAGUACUUUCCUAAUAUUAUACAUACUGGAAAAGUGACCUGAUGCUAAUUAAAAUACGCAAGUGGGGUGAUAAAAUGAAACCUGCUGCAAAUGUUAUAAUUUAUUUGUUUAUUUCAUUGCAUUUCUAGUCCACCUUUUUCUAAAAUGAGCUCAUGGGGGUGUAUAUGCUUCUGCCUCCUCCUCUAAUCCUCUAAAUCAACCUGUGAGGUAGGUUAGAGUGAGAGGCAACAAGUGGCCCCCAGUGAGAGCCCUGGUCUCUGAGGUCUUUGUGGUUGCACCAACUACUACACUAUCACUGGCUCUCAUAAUGCAGCUUUCCUCCGUGUAGGGCUUUCUGGGUGCUUUGGACUCCAGUUCCCACCAUCCCUGACCAUUGGUCUUGCUGGCUGGGGCAGAUGCAACAUGUAGCCCCCAAACGCCUGUGAAUAUGUUGGGCAGCUAAAUCUUCCCCAGGUCAAUAUGAAGGAAGAGACCCAGCUCAACAGAUUGUCAGCAACGGCAAUGAUGCUCCUUUCCCUGUUCUCCCCUCUGAGAAAGGGAUUGCGAUGUCAAGUGUGCCCCUCAUCCACAUCAAAAUAUGGGCGAAUGAGACAAAGCACCUCUGCUGAAAAUGCCCCACAGGGAAGCAGCCUCCGUAGUCUAAUAGCUCAGUUGGUAGAGCAUGAGACUUUUGAUCUCAGGGUCGUGAGUUCGAGCCCCACAUUGGACAAAACAUUCCUGCAUUGCAGGGGGUUGGACUAGAUAACUCUCAAGGUCCCUUCCAACUCUAUGAUUUUAUAUAUUUGGGGGGGAGCAGGGCUCAGCCUCUUGCUAAUAUUAAAAAUAAAAAAAACAGGCAGAUUUUACUAUCUGGGCCCAGUUGCUUAGUCACAUUUAAUAGGUCCUUGUAAGAGUACCUCUGUAUACUUACUGUUUUGUAAAGUUUGUGGAGGCUUUAAAACUACUCAGAAUGAAAUGAUAGCUUAGUAGAUAGAGAAUGAGACUCUUAACCUCAGGGUUGUCGGUCUGAGCCCCACAUUGGGCAAAACAUUCCUGCAUUGCAGGGGGUUGGACUAGAUGACCCUUGUGGUCCCUUCCAACUGUAUAUAAUUCUAUGAUUUCUAAACCCAGUAUGUGCCUUUCCCUCAUUUCUCUUUUCAGCCCUGAGGAGUGCAAGAAGGUAGAGAUGUACUUUAAGAAGACAGACCAGCCUGCACACUUCACAAACGACGGUAGGGCACAAGUGCUUUAGGGCGUAGAGAGAGGGGAGCAGGGCUGUGCAUUAAGGUUUGCCCCCGGAAUUGCAUUUUCCUGCCCCCCGCCCAGCCUGCCAUGAUUCAGAUGAGGGGAUGGACCAAGCAGGGGGUUUCCCAGGCACGGCCAGGGCAGGCAAAAGUCUGCAUCUUGGAGGGAAGUCAGGACCAUGGAGAGAUCCCCUUCUCCUGAGGUCAAACAGCCACAUUGCCUCAGCAAGGUCUUAGGGCCACAGACUUUUCGAGCAGGACUAGCUAGUCAUUGACUAGAGGCCUUGCUCCUUGAGGGUGAGUGAAAGAACUGUAGCUUUCUGCUGCAACCCUUGGUUCCUUUGUGGAAUAGGAUUUUCAGCUGCAGGGAUAUCUCCUGAGGACUCUCUUGAUUUCUCAUGGAAUUUGUGGACCAGCCAUCAGAGUCUGGUGGCCAAGGUGUCUACUCAAGGAGAGAAGGGAAAGUGUCAGUGGACCGCCAUGAGAUGGACAAGGGCAUGGACCAAUCUCCUUCUCAGAGCUGCAGUUGCCUGAGGACUUUGCCUCUGCAGGAUUUUGGUCCAGAGCCAGGACACAACUACAUCUUGUGUGAGAGGAAAGCCUGGCACGUGACCUCUUUCUGAGUAGGGGCUACCUGUGUGGGUAACUACACAUGAGUAAUGUGGCAACAGGGACAGUGGGACUCUGCAAAACUGGCCUGCCAAAUGCUUAUGUGUUAAAAAAAUCCUGUGUGCCCCUGAGUCUGUGCAGAGUGCUUUUUUCGCUCUCUAAGAGAACCAAGGUUUUGAUAAAAAGGCUUGAGACAGAGUGAUCCUGAGCAUGUACAGAGUACUUCUUAAUGCAGGUUGAAACACACAUGUUUUGUUAUAUAUAUUCCCUUGCCUGCUAAGUGCAAGAACACUGAACACACAUUUUUCAAAAUUCCUAGCAAUUGCCAAAUAAAUUCUGGUUUCUCUGCAGCCUAGCUGGCAAAAGAGCUUGCCAUUCACAUUAGUGGUUCUUGGAUCAUUUCCUCCUCUCCCAUCUAGGAAAAUUGGCACGGACACUCUAGAAGAAGUCAAGAAUCCUUGAGGUGGCGAUCUUUGUGAUGCUAUAUAAGGCGAUACGUGGGAAAGAGAAUGUAUUUAGGGUGGCAUGGGAUAACUUCAGAGUGUGGCUUGGUGGGUGAUUAUCAAUAUGAUCUGGCUCUGGAAGGAUGGGAGGAAGGAAAAGUUGAAAGGCCAGAAGAACAGAUUCCGACCCUCCUUCCAUGGCCAGAACUAAUCAGGGUUCCAUUCAAAGAUUAUUUACAGAAACAUUGCAAAAUUAAUGAAUGUUAGAGUGAUGUUGGAUUGAAGUUAAGUGGCUUCUAGCUGUACAGGUUUUAAAGUUAUAAAUAUAUCAAGAUUAAGGAUUAGGAUUAAAAAGGUUAAAAGAAUGAAAAAAUUGGUUUUAAAUAGGUAAAAAUCUAAUGUCAUAAUAUAUUAAGAUUAAGGAUUGGGAUUAAAAAGGAGGGAAAGAAAUUGCUGGACUAACAAACUGAAUUGGAAUACAAAAGAGGGAGGUAUGAGGAAGUCCGGGAAACAAGUAAAUGUAAAAGAAGUUAUGAAAAGACGGAAUUGUUUUUAACUGUUUUUUUUUCUCUUUUUCUCUUUUUGUAUUUUGUAUUUUGUAUUGUGUAUUUUUCUUUUUUCUUUUUAAAUUUCUCUUGUUUGUUAAUGUGAUUUUAUUUUUUUUCUGAAACUUUAAUAAAUAUUAAUUUUUUUAAAAAAAGAACUAAUCAGGGUUCUGUCUCCUUCUUCAUUCAGAGAAUGCCAAGAGAGAUAUGCGGGUGCUGGAAACCGACUACACCAACUUUGCCCUCCUCUACACCUUCAAGGAGAUCGAAGAUGAGCCCAGCAGCACCACCGUCCAGUUGUACAGUAUGUGCUCCAAUGAGCCAUCCUUGAGCAAGAGAGAGGAGGGUGGAGGUGGCAAGAGCCGCCAUCUUACUUCCUGAGCCAUUGAUGGCAGAGCGGCGUUGCUAAGUUGGGGCUGCUUCUUUGAAUGAAGGGAUUGCACACCCUCUGAUGCAUCCCAGGCAAAAGCAGGGGCCCCUGACUGAAUCCCCUGAUCGGGACCCCUCACUGAAAAUCAGGAGUUGCUUUCUUCUCUGUCUCCUUGGUGCUGUGCUGAUUACAGUAACUCUGCAGCCACUUGUCUUCCAUGGUUUUAAAGCCAGGAGGGUAUUGGCGGGGGGUGGGGUGGGAGAGUUGUAGAUAAAACUAGCAAACCCUCAUUGCCCUACAAUAGAUUAUAAUACAGUACAGUACAGUACAGUACAGUACAGUACAGUACUAAACAGGGCCAACACAAGGCAAUUUGUUGCCUGAAGUGAAAGGUAAGAUGGCACGUCUUCCCCGCAUAUACUGGCAGCUCAAUCUUAUUUUAGCACUGGUGAUGGGGACAGCAGAAUUUCAGGGCAGGCUAUGUGGCACAGCUCUCCCCUCUGAUACCACGCUGCUCCUGCUGCUGCUGCUACCCUCCUCCCCUCCAGCUGCCUCACACUUCAUAAUAGCAUAGGGCAGGCUCCAUUGCCAAAAUAAAAAGUAGCAUUCAUUUUAUGACACUAUAAAUUAUCUGGAAUCCUGGGAAUUGGUGGAGGAUGCAGAGGACUCGAUGCCUUCAAUAGAACAAGAGUCCUAGCAUUCCUUGCAAGGAGGGAGAAGGUUGUUAAAUGGUUUGACUGGACCACUAGUUUUAAGGCGGGACGAGACAGAUGUUUUGUUAUAUGUACAGCAGCAUCAGCCGGCAAGAGGCAUUUUAUAAAGCUUAAGAGGCCAGGCCUUUGCCCCAAUAAGUUUACAGUCUAAAAGUUGAUGGAGGGAAGGCCAUGAAAACAGAGGUGCCAAGUUGCUCCCAAGACUGAGGGGGCCCAGAGCAUGUCAUGCGAAAGUGGGGCAAGUGUCCAGGCCAUGAGGUGCAACCCCUCAUUCAAACCACUUCUGAAAGCUCCUCCUCCUCCCUACCUCCAGCCUCAGUCCACAGACUGGAACCCCCUUAGGGUGUUCCCUCCACAUGGUAGCCUCUCAAGAUUCUACCCUGCCCUGCCCACAAACUGGAGGUUGGUGAAGUUAUUGCCCACCACCUCAAACAGAGUCUAAUUCUGACCUCCUCUGGAUGCAGCCCGCACUCAAGACAUCAGCAAUGAAGUGCUGGAGAAGUUCAAGGAGCAUUACCACAAGGUGGGGCUCACAGAUGACCUGAUGGUAAUCCUCCCCAAGUCUGGUGAGUAUAGCAUUUGUGAUUUGUUUUCCUUUCAGCCUGUCUGGUUUAGCAUGGUGCUGGUACUCGCCAUGAAGUUGCUACAGUAAUCUCACACUUUUAACAUUUGAAAGAAAAAGGUACCAGUGCUGCAUACCUUUGAGUGCCCCCAGAAAAAAACAUUGCUCAUUGCGAGGAUAACACUGAUUCCCACAAAUUGAUCCAAAGGUUGGGUUGUGAGUGAAAUGGCAGCAAAGGAAUGGGCCAGGUGAGAUUUUCCAAGCUAGCAUAUCCAUUGGGUAUAAGCCAUACCACCAGACAUAUUUUUUAAAAAAACAAAAACAAAAAGACAACCUACUUGUUUUGCCUAGUGGGAGUCAAUCCUGACCAUUAAGGCCUCCCAUGCUUGCUUGAGAACUGGAUUUCCUAAAGUCACACCUCUGUGUUCUAAUAUUCAUGAACUUCUUUUCCUUUUUUGCAUUGCAGAUGUUUGCUACAAGCUCCUCAGGUGAGUGAUAAGUCUAGACUACCUGGAAUCAAGCUAUCUGGGUGCAGAGAGACAGGACAACACUCAGAUACCAGGCACUGGAGGCUCUCGUUGUCUGUUGCAGGGAUGGGAAACAUCAGCAGCUGCCUAGAUGCAGUUGGGCUACAACUCCCAUCAGCCUCAGCAAACAUGGUCAAUGGCCAGGGAUGAUGGCAACGAGCAUCAAAGACCAAGAAACCUCAGGAGAGUUUCCCACUCCUGUUUGCAGCCAAUCCUUUUUCCUGGGCACAAAGUGACUGUCAUUCAACAGUCAUUUGGAAGCCCAAGUAAUCCUCAGACAAGUCCGGAAUCUUGUUUACAGGCAGAUGUGGGCUUUUCCCUUCCAAGGUUGUCAAGGGGAGGGAGGUGAGGUGUGCAUCUUUGUGUGGGAGCAAUGGCAAACCAAGCCCCACAAGAAGGGCCUGCCAACAGCUGCCCCAAGGAAACAGGGCCCUGAAUUUUGCUGGCAUUAUAUCAGGGCAAGUGUGGGGAAGCCUUGGCCAUGCUGGCUGGGGCUGAUGGGUGUUGUGGUUCAGGAGCUGCAUCUGGAAGUCCAAACAUUGACCAGCCCUGCUGCAGGGCUUUUCUGAGCAGAUCUGCCAUCUGUUGGUUGCUGUGAAGAAGGUUUGUGAAUGGACAACCCAAGAAGAAAAAGAGGAAGAGGUAGUAGUUGGGACAAAAUUUUAAUACAGUGCCAGUUGCACAGUUCAAUACUUUUUCCACAUACCAUCCUGCCUUUUGUUUUGCAGUGCCUGA